AUGAAUACAAUAACAGUGCUCUUAUUGAGUCUUGUUUGUUCUGCCGCUGUUGCUAGUCCCUUUCGAUCUUGGAACAGCAAACGUGAGCUCAACUGGUGGCAACAAAGCUAUGAUUUACCAGAAAUACGAUAUUUGUCCGGUCAACCUGAAGUACGAUUAUGGAAUGAUGAGAAUGAUGAUGAUGUUAGUGACUUAUACCAACGUCUUGCAAUGAAACGUGCGUUUACAUCCAGUCAAAUUAAGUUUCAACAAGACGCAUUAAAUAAACACAAUGAGUAUCGCCGUAAACACUGUGUUCCAUCAUUAACAUUGAAUGCAAAUUUGAAUUCAAUAGCUCAACGCUAUGCUGAAUAUUUAGCUCAAAACAACAAAUUUGAACAUAGUGACCCAAAGUCGAGAAACGGAGCUGGUGAAAAUUUAUAUUUCUUUUCGACAACUGGCACAUUAAAUGUCAACGGUGCUGAUGCAGUCGUAUCCUGGUACAAUGAAAUAAAAUAUUAUAAUUUCAAUAAACCAGGUUUUUCAUCGCAAACCGGUCAUUUUACACAAGUUGUAUGGAAAAGUACACAAACCGUUGGUUGUGGUAUUGGUUAUGCUUCUCGCAAUGGAUGGAAUCAAGCUUAUGUCGUUUGCAAUUAUCUUCCAGCUGGCAAUGUUCUUGGUCAAUUUGUCCAGAAUGUGCUACCUGUAUGCAAAUAA